AUUCGAACGUUAAGACAGAGCUUCAUGGAAUAUGAUUGAAAUAUACUUAGGUGCUAUAUUCUUACUUCCAAUUCGUUCUAUAUCUAUAAUAUUAAUAGUUACAGGAGUAAUUAUAGUCAUAAAUAUUCUCAAUAAAAUCAAAAAAACUAUCCCUUAGUAAGAGUACCCGAAAUGGAAGUCUUUUAUAAUAUAAUCUACUGUAAAAAUUAGUUCUAGGUGUAUUUUAUAUUUUUGUGGUAUAUAUUAGAUAAAAAAAAAAUAUGCUAAAGUAUCUGAUUAUUUGCCAGAAUAUAAGCAAUAUGAAAAUAAGAAUAAAAAGCCUUCGAUUUUAGUCUCUAAUCAUUAAACAUGGUUUGAUAUUUUUUAUUUCACUAGUUAAAUUUGUCCCAGUUUUCUUUCCAAGUCAGAAGUUGAGAAAAUUCCUCUUUUUGGAACUAUAACUACAGCAAUUUAAUCUAUCUAUGUAGAAAGAGAAAAUAAUUAAAAUAGAGAUAAUGUAAUUAAACAGGUUAAAUAAAGAGGAUUUAACAUUAAUUCUGGAAAAAAUUUUCCUCCUAUAGUAGUAUUUCCUGAAGGGACAACUUCUAAUGGAAAAUAUUUACUUUCUUUUAAAAAGGGAGCAUUCGAUUCUUUACUACCAAUAUAAAUUACGUGUAUUUAAUAUCCUUAAAGGAAUUUUAAUUGCGCUUUGGAUAUUUUGGGUUUGGGUGAAAAUUGUAUAAUUGCACUUUCUUAAUUCUAAAAUUAUAUGAGUGUUAUUUAGUUUGAUACCUAUGACCCAGAAUAUUUAGGUUUGAAAUAUGAAAACGAAAAUGAUUGGUAGAUUUAUGCGAAUAAAAUUCGAUAGAUUAUGAUUAAGGCUUUACCUUAUUUGAAAGACUCAUAAAGUGGGUAUAGAGAUGUAAAAGAAUAUGAAACUAUUGUUAGAGG